UCUUUCACAACGUGCUGAACGUACACGGUGAGGCCUCAGCCAAUCAGGUUGGCAGCGAAACCACCUGAUGUCUGAACCAUGACUUCUCCUCUCUGUCCGUUCAGAGCAGGACGAUGAUCUCACUUCAGGUUUCUGGACAGCUAUGAGGCAUCUCUGACAAAAACCCUUCAGGUUCAGAGGAAAUAUCAGACGUGAAGCCAUGUCUGCGCUCAGACUCUUGUGCUGUUUGCUGAUGGCAUGUUGUCUCAGUGAAGGGAAGAGAAUUAAAGGAAGCAGAGGAAGUGUGACGGACCCGGAGGCCGCCGUCAGGCCGCAGGAGCCUCGUCUCAGCGGCUCCGUGUUCAGGCUGUUUUUGGGAGGUGAGGACACCUGCAUGCUGGACCCUCUGCAGCUGCACACUCUCACCUCCUGUGGUUUCAACAGCAGUAAUCCCCUCAUCAUCAUCACUCACGGGUGGUCGGUGGACGGUAUGUUGGAGAGCUGGGUGAUCCGGAUGGCCGCCAUCCUGAAGAGGAACCUUGUGGAUGUUAAUGUGGUGAUGACCGACUGGCUGCAUCUGGCCCAUCAGCAUUACCCCCUGGCUGUGCAGAGCACCCGCACUGUGGGCAAAGACAUAGCUCAUCUGCUGCAGUCGCUCCAGAGAGAGUACCGGUACCCAGUGAGGAAAGUUCAUUUGAUCGGAUACAGCCUGGGAGCUCACAUAUCCGGAUUCGCUGGAAGCUUCCUGCAGGGUUCGGAGAAGAUUGGGAGGAUCACUGGCCUGGAUCCGGCAGGGCCGCUGUUCGAGGGCAUGUCUCCCACAGACAGGCUUUCUCCUGAUGACGCGGAGUUCGUCGAUGCCAUCCACACCUUCACCCACGAACGUUUGGGCCUCAGCGUGGGCAUCAAGCAGGCUGUGGCGCAUUACGACUUCUACCCCAACGGAGGAGACUUCCAGCCCGGAUGCAACUUUCAUAACAUUUAUGAACACAUAAGCGAGUACGGGAUCCUCGGCUUUGAACAGACGGUGAAGUGCGCUCAUGAACGCUCCGUCCAUCUGUUCAUGGACUCGCUGCUGAAUGAGGACAAGCAGAGCACGGCCUACAGGUGCAGCGACAACAGCGCCUUCGUCAGGGGCGUCUGCUUGGACUGCCGGAAGAACCGCUGCAACACGCUGGGCUACAACAUCAAGAAGGUCCGAACGGCAAGGAGCAAGAAGCUCUACCUGAAAACAAGAUCCCGGAUGCCUUACAAACUCUAUCAUUACCAGUUCAGGAUCCAGUUUGUUAACCAGACGGAGGAAAUCAAGCCGACGCUCAUCAUCUCCCUCCAAGGGACCGAGGCUGAGAGUGGAGAGCUGUUCAUCACAAUAGAUGAAGGCAUUCACGGAAACACAACUCUGUCCUUCCUGAUUACGCUGGACAAAGACUUGGGGGAGCUGAUGAUGCUGAAGCUGAGUUGGGAAGUGUCCGAGAUGUGGAAGAACGUGUGGACGCGCAUGCAGAGCAUCUUUCCGUGGGGCGGCCAGCGGAGCAAACCGCAGAUGAUGUUGGGAAAAAUCAGCGUCAAAGCAGGAGAGACGCAGGACAGGACAUCAUUUUGUUCCAUGAAUAAUGACGGACAACAAAUCGAAGUUUCUCAAGAUAAAGUGUUUGUGCGCUGCAGAGAGGAUGAACCGACGCGCCGCAGGAGAAAGCACAGCAGACUGGUUGAAAAGAAUGAAUCUGUUCAACAGACUAAAUAAUAAUACUGGAUGAUCAAUUCAUGAUCAGGCUUUGCAGAGUAAGAAAUCAGCAAAAAAUAAAUAAUUGAGGGGGGGGGGAAGCACUGAGAAGUUAAAAACCUGGAAGUUAAAAGCAAGCAACCUGAUAACACUGUGUUUACAAUAAAGUGUGACGAAUGAUGGGUUGAUUAAUAAACUACAUCUUUGGCAGCCA